AUGACUGCCACUCCUGUCAAUGAAACCUGCCAUCACCAUUUUCGAUCCAACAGCUUUCCCACUAGAUCACACCCACUCAUUUCAGAAUUCAAUGACCAGUUGAGCAGAUUGAGUGGUUCUGAAACAACCUCUUCAUCAUCAACAUCUUUAUUCCAGAAACUCAUUGGCCUUCAAGAUUUGCAUGACUGUGUUGAUAACUUGCUCCUGUUGCCUUGCACACAAGGCUUAGCCAAAGAACAGCAUCAGAAAUGGUUUAAUGAGCUGUUGGAUGGAUCUCUCAGGCUCUUAGAUGUGUGUGAAUUUGCAAGGGAUGCAUUGUUGCAAACGAAGGGAUGCAUACAUGAAUUUCAAUCAACCUUGCGCAGAAGACAUGGCAAUAAAAUGGAGCUUACAAGGGAGAAUGAAAAAUACUUGGCCUCUAGGAAGGUGGUAAAAAAGGCAACACAGAAGGCCUUAAAGAGCAUGCAAACUAAGUUGUACUCUUAA